AUGGUCAAACUCUUCAGAAAUUUAGAUUCGGGUGUGUAUGACAUCACCGAAUUUCAAAAACUACAUCCCGGCGGAGAUAAAAUAUUACUGGCUGCCGGUGGUGCGGCCGACCCGUACUGGUCCCUCUACGCCCAGCACAAAACAGAAGAGGUGAUGGAGAUCUUGGAAGAAUACCGCAUAGGAACUCUAGAUCCGAAAGAUGUGGAAGAAUCUAAAACGGUGGACGCAUCCAACCCGUUUUCCAAGGAUCCCGAGCGACAUCCUGCCCUUGUGGUGAACCAGCAACAGCCCUUCAACGCUGAGGCCCCUGCUGAGCUUAUUGUGGACCAUUUUCGCACUCCAAACGAAUUAUUCUUUGUUCGACACCAUAUGCCGGUUCCAGAGGUUACUUUUUUGCGGAAUAUUGCUUUGAGUGUUUGA